CUUAGUUAAUGAAAUCACUUAAGUUACGUGACGUUGGUGACCGAUGUCGUGUUUUUAUAUUCACAUAAGACUUUAGAACAAACUGCACUUAGUAAUAACUUAACUCCGUCCUGCUGCCCCCCAUACAGCCCCUGAGCCAGACCCUCACCUGAACCCCCCCGGGUCCGUGUUACUGUUAGUUAUGAGUUACUUAUGAGCAUCAAUGUACUACACACAUUUAUAACAAACACACAUUUACAACAAACACACAUUUAUAACAAACACACAACGACCAGCUCACGUUGCCGGGAGCCGUACUCGCUUUGCUCCUUUAGUUGUGUGGCGUGAAUAUAAACUAACGUUAACUUUACAUUUAGUGGAGGUGACGCUGAUGACGCAAGCAGAAAGUCCCCCCCGUAGGCCAGACCCGUUUCAGAGACCGCUCGGUUCAGCCUAUGCGGUUGUUGGAGGACGCAGCCCAGGUCUACCGCAAAGGCUGCUGAAGGCUGCAGGCUACAAGGAUGCAGCCUAGUGACUUUGAUACACCACUUUUGUGCAUACAUGAGGAGCAGCUGAUCAUGUAUAUUCAUUAUUACUGAAUAAACAUGACUAAUGAAGAUGUACUACUAUCGAUAUGAGAGUGCUGAGGUGAGCUGCUGCUACAAAUACCUCAUGUUCAGCUACAACAUCAUCUUUUGGCUGGCUGGUGUUGCCUUCAUCGCAGUUGGUUUCUGGGCGUGGAGUGAAAAGGGGGUCCUGUUGGAUCUGACGCAGGUAACCCAGCUGCAUGGUUUUGAUCCGGUCUGGUUGGUCCUGGUCGUUGGUGGCGUCACAUUCAUCCUGGGCUUUGCCGGAUGUGUGGGAGCUCUGAGAGAAAACAUCUGUCUUCUAAAGUUUGUGUUCUCCAUCUACGUAUUUUUCUCAACGUUCCAGUUGUUUUCUUUUUGUUCUUCUCAGUUCUCUGGUGUGAUCGGCUUCAUCUUCUUGUUGGAGCUGACGGCUGCGGUUCUGGCCGUGGUGUUUCAGAGUCAGGUCCGAGAAUGGAUCAACGACUUCUUCUUAGCCAAUGUUAAAGGUUACAGAGACGACAUCGACCUGCAGAACCUCAUCGACUCUCUGCAGAGGAUGAAUCACUGCUGUGGAGCUCAGGGACCAAACGACUGGAAUCAAAAUGUUUAUUUUAGCUGUAACGGAACCCAUCGCAGCAGAGAGAAGUGUGGAGUUCCUUUCUCCUGCUGCAUCACAGAUCCUGCUGACUCUGUGCUGAACAGUCAGUGUGGAUACGACGUGAGAAAUCGGCCAACGAGUGAGUGGACUGAGCAUAUCUACACCAAAGGCUGCAUUGCUGCACUGGAGGAUUGGUUACCUGGCAACCUCUACACGGUAGCCAUAGUCUUCAUCGUCAUCUCUCUUCUGCAGAUGGUGGGGAUCUACCUGGCCAGGACUCUGAUCUCGGACAUCGAGAAGGUCAAUUUCAGCUACUGAAGCCACACCCACAGAGGGUGGAGCUUCUUUCAGAGGAGGCGUGGCCUCUGCCAGGUGGACCAAAUUUCUUCAGAUGUGCCUUCUUCUUCAGUAACUUUGCUGUACCUCCCUUUACUUCCUGUCAUCAGUUUGAGGAUCUCAUGAUGACUUUGUUGCUAUGGUUACUGAAAACAUGCUGCUGAAUAUGCAUAAAUCUUUCUUUGGGCCUUUUUUAUGUUGCUGUGUCUUCAUCUGUUCGAUGAUGAAACUCUUCACCACACUGCCUUCAGUUCCUCUAUCAUGCUCUGUGCGUCCUUCAUCAUCGUCAUCUUCUUCAGGUUGAACUCAGGUCUUUUGUAAGUUCUGAAAUUAUUCAGUUUACUGUGAUUUACAGGGCAAUAGGACCGAUGUGUGAUUGUUAAAUGACUGCAAUUAUUAAUUGAUGCUCAAAAUGUUCAAAAGAAAAGGAGUAGAAGGGGAGUUAGACUAAAAUGAUUUGACACGCAGACUGCUCCCUAGUUAGCUAGCAUGCUAAGUCUGCUUCAAUGCUAACGCUUUACCAGUGACCCCCCCCCAGUCAAACAAACUGUUCUGUGAAGUCCCGUCACCACAACAACCAGUGAACCGGUCUGUUCUACUCCUCUUCUAUUUCUACGUACUGACCACUGAGCCGCAGAAACCACAGAAGAUGAAUGGGAACUAAAUGUCAUGUGAUCACAUAUUUGAUUGAAUAUGAAGACUUUUUGGAUCCGGGAGGUUUGAGUGAAUUAUGUUUUUGUUAAAAUAUUUUGUAUGAAUAAGAAGAUUUUGAACCGACGGGAAUAAACCGGAGAAGAUUUUGAGUUUGUUGGGACUUUCUGCUUCAACUGAUUUCAUAUUUUCUGUUGAUGAAUUAUUAUUAUGAAUUCAUUGAGGUUUUUGUCUCAUUUUUAAUCUGAUUGGAUUUUAUAUAGUGAAAUUUUUAUGGCUUUUUAUAUUCACCUAAAUAAAACUGAAGUUUGGUCACAGUG